UUCCGCGCAUUCCGAGCAUCACAUUCCCGGCUGGCCCUCAAACACGAGAAUAACUUUACACAGUUCUCAAAAACUACACCAACCCAACUUAGGGAUACAUAAGGGAACGGUAUAUAACAUAUAGCAAUCACGGACGUGUUUGAGUUGGCACGACCGGGAGUUGCAGAUUUGAGGGGUACAUUUGCGGAGCUGAGAGAAAAUAUAGGGCAGGGAGACUUGUUGCUCGAACAUAUUUGUUCAUAUUUUCCCAUCUUCCUCAUUUGAAAUAUUCACCGUGGUCCAGGCCGGGGCUGGUGUUGUGUAGCGCGGUGAGCGGAGCGUUGCCAUGGAGCCCAGCAGCUGGAGCGGAAGUGAGGGCCAGGAGGAGGACCUGGAGCGUCUGAGCGACUCGGCCGACAAGCCCACAGACGGCGACGCCGAGGGCGUGUGGUCGCCCGACAUCGAGCAGAGCUUCCAGGAGGCUCUCGCCAUCUACCCGCCCUGCGGACGCCGCAAGAUCAUCCUCUCCGACGAGGGCAAGAUGUACGGGCGGAAUGAGCUGAUAGCCAGAUACAUCAAACUGAGGACCGGCAAGACGAGGACGAGGAAACAGGUCUCUAGUCACAUCCAGGUCUUAGCCAGAAAGAAAGUGCGGGAGAUCCAGACUGCCAUCAAGGUAGGUUGCCCCGCCCCCGCCCCGCCCAUCUCUCGCGUCUCCAUGGUUACAGGCUGUGCCUCUCCUCUCUGUGUCCGUCCGCAGGUCUCUAGUCACAUUCAGGUGCUUGCCCGGCGGAAAUCCCGCGAGUUUCACACCAAGCUCAAGGUGACCAGUAUGGACCAGGCGGUGAAGGAUAAGGCACUGCAGAGUAUGGCCUCCAUGUCCUCUGCUCAGAUCGUCUCGGCAACCGCCAUCCACAACAAACUGGGCCUACCAGGAAUACCACGCCCUGCAUUCCCUGCAGCCGCUGGGCUUUGGCAGGGCAUGAUCUCCGCUGGACAGGCAGGAUCAUCACAAGAUAUUAAGCCAUUUGCUCAGCAGGCGUAUCCUAUCCAACCUGCGGUAACCACGGCAAUCUCCAGUUAUGAGCCUGCCACAGCGCCACCUAGUGCACCAGCCUGGCAGGGCCGCUCCAUUGGCACCACAAAGCUCCGCCUCAUCGAGUUCUCCGCCUUCCUGGAACACCAGAGAGACCCUGACUCUUACAACAAGCACCUGUUUGUGCACAUCAGUCAGACGAACCACUCGCACAGCGACGCGCUGAUGGAGUCUGUGGACAUCCGCCAGAUCUACGACAAGUUCCCCGAGAAGAAGGGGGGGCUCAAGGAGCUCUUCAGCAGGGGCCCCCACAACGCCUUCUUCCUCAUCAAGUUCUGGGCGGACCUGAACUGCAACAUCCAGGAUGAGAGUGGUGCUUUCUAUGGCGUGACCAGUCAGUACGAGAGCCCAGAGAACAUGACCAUCACCUGCUCCACUAAGGUCUGCUCCUUCGGCAAACAGGUGGUGGAGAAAGUAGAGACGGAGUAUGCACGCUUUGAGAACGGGCGUUUCCUGUACCGCAUCAGUCGCUCUCCCAUGUGUGAGUACAUGAUCAACUUCAUCCACAAGCUCAAGCACCUGCCUGAACGAUACAUGAUGAACAGCGUGCUGGAGAACUUCACCAUCCUGCUGGUGGUGACCAACAGGGAGACCCAGGAGACUCUGCUGUGUAUGGCGUGUGUGUUUGAGGUGUCCAACAGCGAGCACGGCGCCCAACACACCAUCUACCGCCUCGUCAAAGAGUGACACACACACUCACUCUCCCCCUCCCCCCACUCUCAGCUGCAUCCCUAUUGGCUGAGAGCUCUGACAGAAGUGGCAGUGCCUCUAGCUCCUCCCCCCAGUGCUUGUCUCUGGUGAUUGGGAGAAAUUGUGUCUUAUUCUUCUGCUUUUGUUUGUUUCUUUGUUUUGUGUAAAUAGUGUGUUGUUGACUGCAGCUGUGAUGCGGUACUCUUGUCUGAUGUUGUCAUGAUGUGGGAGUGGUCUCUGAAUUAUGUACAUAUGACAUCAGAUGGGGGAGGGGCUCAGCGUGGUCACAUGACUCGUGCCCAGUUCCUGCCAAAAUAACUAAAAAAAAACACACACACACACACACACACACACUGCCGUACUACACAGGUCAAACACACGCUUGUGCUGACCUCCCCAAAAUGUUAAAGUGUGUGUGUGUGGCACAGAUGUGCGUAACUCUGCAUCCGGCUUUGACUUGACUGCCCCAAACCUGCUGAGCCCCUCUUCUGAUUGGUCUGUGCCUUUAGGAUGCCGGGACCAGGCGUGUUUUCCACCAAUAGGAAGCAAGCGUGCCGUCCGGCCUUAAUGACUGCUGAAAGACAUGACCUGUUGAUACCCUAUCAGAAUAUACCUGACACACACAACUCCUAUGGAACUCUAAUGUAUACAAUCAUACAGACGCAACUUAUCAGAAUAUACCUGACACACACCACUCCUAUAGAAAUCUAAUGUAUACAAUCAUACAGACGCAAGGACACUAGCCUACUCCCCAUGGAAUGGGCAAACUGCCCACUAUGUGCGUGUUUGUGCUGUCCUGAAUGUAUGUGUGUGUGGAUUUGUGUAUGUAUGUGUGUGUGUGUGUGUGUGUGUGUGUAUUUCUAUAAUCGCAUCCCUUUUUCCAAAGAGAUUCAUUGAAAAAGCUGAAGUCUUUUUGACCCAGGGCUAGAGUAAGGCAGAUAUGUGUGUGUGUGUGUGUGUGUCAGUGAACCUCCCUCCCAUCCCAUUGAAGACACUGUGACAUAAGAACACUAACAGCCCUUCCAACACACAUCUGCUCUGCUGCUCCUGCACGCUGGAUAGACACACUACAGUCCACACCACACUUUGGGUUACACACACACUCUGGCCAAGUUGUAAACAGAGUUGACCACACCAUACAGUCUGUUGUUUAGGAUAACACUUAAUACACACGUCACCUCUUUUUCUUACACACACACACACACACUAAGGCUCAG